GUCUGUCCGUAGCAGACGACGGAUUCAAGCGUCGUUCUGUCGUUCCGUUGCUAAUGCCGACAAAGUUUUACUUUUUAUCAACACAGUUAAAUUUCAAUGAUUAUUCUUUUGACUGUACACAUCUAGUGUUUUAGAUUAAUUCAAAAUGGCUAAUCGAACAAUCAAAGAGGCAAUUUCUGUUAAAGGAACAAAUCCUCAAUACUUGGUUGAAAAGAUUAUUAGAACUCGAAUUUAUGAUUCAAAGUACUGGAAAGAAGAAUGCUUUGCUUUGACAGCUGAGUUGAUGGUGGAUAAGGCCAUGGAAUUAAGGUACAUUGGUGGAAUAUUUGGUGGUAAUGUUAAACCUACUCCAUUUCUCUCACUUACACUAAAAAUGCUUCAAAUCCAACCAGAAAAGGACAUUGUAGUGGAGUUUAUAAAAAAUGAAGAUUUCAAAUAUGUCCGUGCCUUGGGAGCAUUCUACAUGAGACUUGUUGGAACAUCUGUGGAAAUCUAUAAAUAUUUAGAACCACUUUACAAUGAUUACAGAAAAAUUCGGUUUCAAAACAAGGAAGGAAAUUUUGAGCUUCUUUACAUGGAUGAUUUCAUUGAUAGUUUACUGAGAGAAGAGCGUUUUUGUGAUGUUAUCCUGCCCAGACUUCAGAAACGUCAAAUUCUGGAAGAAGCUAAUGAAGUUGAGCCGAGAGUAUCAGCUUUGGAAGAAGACUUGGAGGAAGAAGAUUCAGAAAGUGAAGAAGAAGAGGGUGAAAGGAAAGGAGGUUCGUUGUCGCCCCCUCCUACUACAUCGCGUUCAAAGCAGGACAGUGAUCGAGAACGGGAACGUUCUCGUCGUAAUAGGGAUAAAGAACGUGAACGAGAGAGAAGUAGGGAAAGACGUGAUCGACAUAGAGACAGAAGUCGAAGUCGUGACAAAAGGAAUCGCAGCCGUGAGCGUGACAGGGACCGCAGUCGUGAAAGAGAAAGGGAUCGAAGUCGCCGCCAGCGAAGCCGCUCAGUCGAACGUUCGCGUGACUACAGAAGAGACCAAGACAGGGAUCGUAGAGACCGCAAGGACCGCGGGAAAGAUCGUGAAUCAGAACGAGAUCGAAGCAAAAGAGGCGAAGAUCGUGACAAGUACAACAACAAAAAGAAAGAUAGCAAAAAGAGUAGCAGUUCCAGUGCUGCCAUCGAUCCUGAAAUUGCAGAAGCGAAUGCCUUGCGAGCUAAGUUGGGGCUGGCUCCUUUGCGACCGUAAUCUGCUGUCUUUUUUCUAAUCGUUUUGUAAUAAACACUCUUUUCAUUUC